UAUUGUGCAUGCAAAAGCAAAACGCCCUCCCCUCUCCUCUCCUCUUCGUCUCUUCUCCUCCCUCCCAAUAAAAAAGGCAGCGGCCGGCCUAGCUACACCCCACACACAACAUACUCCGGUCCUCUCCACAACCCCCACUCUCUCUCCACCUUUCUUGCUUCCGCGACAUGCAAACGGAGCUGUCCGAGAGGGAGAGCAAGCCAGCGCUCAUGGCGCCCACGUCCUCCACGGAGCACUCCGGCGAGCUGGUGGACAGGCACCAGCCCCUCGCCGCCGUCGUGAAGCGCAAGCGCACCAAGAGGCCGCGCCACCAACCGCUGGCGUCGUCCGCAUCCUCAUCGGAGAGCACGACCACCGAGGAGGAAGACAUGGCCCACUGCCUCAUCCUCCUCGCCCAGGGCGGCGCAGGGGCGCCCCACGCCGCCGUGGACUCCAAGCCAUCGCCAUCACCGGCGCCACAGCUGCCGGCGCAGCAGCAGGCACAGCCGUUGCACCCGGCCGCCGCCCCGCCGGUGGUGGUCAAGAGCGAGAGGUACACGAGCCGAAAGUACACGGAGGCGGCGACCACGGCGGACGGCGUCAGGGCCGGGUUCUACGUGUACGAGUGCAAGACGUGCAACAAGUGCUUCCCCACCUUCCAAGCGCUCGGCGGCCACCGCGCCAGCCACAAGAAGCCACGCCUCGCCAACGCCGACGAGGAGAUCGCCAACACCAACGCCAUCAUCAUCACCACCACCAUAAAGCAGAAGCCACCGAUGGCGACAGCAUCGCCGCCGCCGCCGCCGCCUCCCCCUCAGGUCGAGAUCGCCGUCUUCCCGGACGUCACCACCGCGCUGUGCCUCAACAACGUCGCCGCAAGCAGCAGCAAGCUGAGAGUGCACGAGUGCUCGAUAUGCGGCGCCGAGUUCGCAUCGGGGCAGGCGCUGGGCGGGCACAUGCGGCGCCACCGGCCACUGAACGCGCCGGAGCGCGCGGUGACCGCGAUCACCACGGACACUAAGAAAGAGGGGAGCGCAAGCAUCAACCUAGAGCUCGACCUCAACCUGCCGGCGCCGUCCGACGAGGAAGCCGUGUCGCUUCCACCCCCGUCCCCGCCACCGGCUGUUGUGCUCGGUCUCGGGCAGUUCAGCGACGGCAAGAAGGCUGGCCUUAUGCUGACAGCCUCAGCGCUGGUGGAUUGCCAUUAUUGACAUGAGCCCUGGCCUAGCUCAUGAAUUCUUUUCUUAAACGUACACUGAUUGAUCUUUUUAUUUUUCUUCUGGGGGAUCUGAGCAAUUACUUACUUAGAAUUUAUUCUUAUUAUGGUAUAUAUCUAUCUAUCUAUCUAUC